AGUUAUGCUUUAAUCCUACCUAGCAAGAGUUUGGUUUGGUUUGCCUAUGUGCUGGUGCUUGUGCGUCGGUGCUUCCUACAACCACAAACCAUCCACCACAAUGGGCAACCUCAUCUCCCUUUCCUCUUCAAAGUCUUCUCUGUCUGGAUUUAUUAGCAGCCCAUCACAUGGCUGACAUAUUAUCUCGUUUUUCAGCUCACUAUAAAUCCAACUUCAUCCCCAUCUUCUUAAUCUACACAGCUCAGUCUGGACAUUACUCACAGACUCAAGAACCAAUCAUGCACCCGGGAUCUGCCCCUCUCAAGGACUGGCCUUGGGCCACCAUGGGUAGUCUCAAGUAUAUUCUUUAUGGCCCACUAUUUGCAAAAGCUUUGUAUACCAAUUUCGGCGGAGGCAGCGAGGUUGAUAACUGGUGCUUUCACAUUUUACUAAUCUCCGGCUUAAGAUGUUUGGUUUGUCAACUGUGGCUCACGUACUCCAAUAUGCAUUUUCUCACCAAGACCUACAAAAUUAGAAAGCAUGGCGUCGAGUUUAAGCAAGUCGACAGAGAGUGGGACUGGGACAAUUUCGUUAUAUUCCAGGCAUAUAUGUUCACGGCUGCACAUCAUUUCUUUCCCUUCUUUCGAGACAUGCCUUUGUGGAACUCACAAGGAUCGAUGUACGUUAUUCUACUUCACAUUGGACCAGCAGAAGCUUUGUAUUAUAUCGUCCAUCGACUGUUUCACCAGAAUUUUUUCUUCAACCGAUAUCAUUCCCUUCAUCACGCUUCUGUCACCGUGCAACCGUCAACUGCUGGUUCAAUCACCUUUCUUGAAAAUUUGUUCCUGACAUGCAUUACAGCGAUACCCAUAUUGGGAUCCUCGGGAUUGCGGGGCGGAUCAAUACUGAUGCUAUAUCUUUACGUUCUGUGUUUCGACUUUCUGAGGUGCAUGGGCCACAGCAAUGUGGAAGUGAUGCCAGCAUUCAUUUAUCGUUGCUUCCCAUUUCUUAAAUUCUUCAUCUACACUCCAUGCUACCAUGGUUUACAUCACGUGGAAAUGAAGACGAACUUCUGCCUCUUUGUGCCUCUGUAUGAUUACUUGGGAAAUACAAUGAACCCGAAAUCCUGGCUUCUCCACAAAUCUGUCCGUAACGGGCAACUGGACAGGGUGCCGCAGUAUGUGUUUCUGGCUCAUGUGGUGGACAUGUUGUCAUCCCUUCACGUACCAUUUGUGUUCCGUUCAUUUGCAUCGAAGCCCUUCACAACUCAGUGGUUUCUACUGCCAAUCUGGCCCUUCACAGUUCCUGUCAUGUUUGCAAUGUGGGCCUGGGCAAAGCCAUUUGUCCACACCUCUUAUCUACUAAGAGAUCUCCUUCAUCACACUUGGGUUAUCCCCAGGUUUGGUUUUCAGUAUUUCUUGCCAUUCGCUCAAGAAGGCAUCAAUAAUCUCAUUGAAGAGGCGAUUUUGAGCGCAGAUAGUUUAGGUGUGAAAGUCAUAAGCCUUGCAGCACUAAAUAAGAAUGAAGCUCUAAAUGGGGGAGGCACUUUAUUUGUUCAAAAGCAUCCCAAUUUAAGAGUACGAGUUGUUCAUGGCAAUACAUUAACAGCAGCAGUAAUUCUUAAUGAGAUACACCCCGAUGUAAAAGAGGUGUUCUUGACUGGGGCAACCUCUAAACUGGGUCGAGCAGUUGCUCUUUAUCUCUGCAAACAACAAGUUCGUGUGUUGAUGUUAACUGCCUCAACAGAACGGUUUCAGACAAUUCAGAAGGAGGCUCCAGUUCAAUAUCAAAGAUUUCUCGUCCAGGUUACAAAAUAUCAAGCAGCUCAAAACUGCAAGACAUGGAUAGUGGGGAAAUGGAUAUCUUUUAGGGAGCAGAAUUGGGCUCCAUGUGGAACACAUUUUCAUCAAUUUGUUGUUCCCCCUAUAUUCCAAUUGCGAAGAGAUUGCACAUAUGGAAAGCUAGCAGCCAUGGAAUUGCCUGCAGAUGUCGAAGGUUUAGCAACUUGUGAGUAUACCAUGUCAAGGAGAAUAGUUCAUGCUUGUCAUGCUGGAGGAGUUGUGCAUUCGCUGGAGGGUUGGGAUCAUCAUGAAGUUGGAGCAAUUGAUGUUGACAGAAUUGGUAUAGUGUGGAAUGCAGCACUAAAGCAUGGCUUCAAGCCUGUGUAGGAAAUUCAUCAUCUUCUUAAACCUUCCAAUAUAUAAUAUUCUCACCACAAUCUCUAAUCAUAUUUAUUUGUUAACUAAAUUGCAAAGCAAUUUUAAGGAAUAUUAGGAGACCACGCUUGCAGGUAUUUGGUUCUUAUUCUAGUUACCAUUUUUUAUUGUAACAUUGCCCACCCAAAUGGAGGGAGAAUUAUGUGUAUCAAGAAUGACACCAAAUUAACAAUUACUCAAUAAGUCAGUAAACAUCAUGUGAUUCUUAAUGGGGCAUAAAAGUACCAAGCACCCCUUAUCUGUAACUUCAUGGGAGACUUGUAUACUAGUAUGUGAUUCUUUAAUUUCAAUUGAUGAUUUAAAGAUUACAUCGUCUCUAAAUGUAAGAACCUUUUUAAGGCUUCAGUCCUCCAUCUAUCAUGUAUUUCUAUUUGUGCCA